AUGGCCAGAGCAACCUCCCUCAGGGCCUACCUGAGGUCCGACAAGUCGCCUGAAGAGAGGAAGUUGGUUCGCAAGGUGGACUUUUUCAUCUUGUCCUUCUGUUGUCUCAUGUACUUUUUCAACUACCUUGAUCGCUCGAAUCUGACGCAAGCCUAUGUCUCUGGCAUGAAAGAAGACUUGGACUUCAAGGGGAAUCAGCUGACCAAGAUCACCACCAUCUUCACCUGUGGCUACAUUGUCGGAAUGAUCCCCUGCAACCUGGCACUCUACUACAUCAAGCCGAGGAUCUUCUUUCCUACCAUGUGUGUCAUCUGGGCAGGCCUCACCAUGGUUACGGCGGCGGCCAAAAAACCGGAGCAUAUCAUGGUGAUUCGAUUCUUUGUGGGCGUUGCAGAAUCCAGCACCUUCAUCGGCACCCACUACAUCUUGGGCUCUUGGUACACUGAAAAGGAGCUGGGCAAACGCAGCGGUCUCUUCACCGCCUCAGGUCUCGCCGGUACAAUGUUCGGAGGUUUCAUUCAGUCUGGAGUGUAUCGAAGCAUGAAUGGAUUACAGGGUCUGUCAGGCUGGAAAUGGUUAUUUAUCGUGGAUGGGAUCAUCACCUUACCAGUGGCGCUCUACGGCUUCCUUCUCUUCCCAGACACCCCUUCCACCACAUCAGCGCCUUAUCUGAGCGCCGAAGAGCGCGCACUUGCGAUUUCAAGAGUGCCUGAUGUACCUGAACAGAAGCCCAUCUCUCUCGCCUUUGUCAAGCGAGUCUUGAGCUCGUGGCAAUUCUAUGGAUUUGUCAUGCUUUGGAUCAUUGCGGGAGAGACGGAGAGUUUCAGCUCAAACGGCCUUCUCGCCCUCUACAUGAAGGCGAACCCGGAGAAGAAAUACACCGUCUACCAGUUGAACAACUACCCAACCGGCGUUCCGGCGGUCGGCAUCGUGUCGACUUUGUUCUGGGCUACGCUGACCGACUACUUGGGCGGCAAACGAUACCUCGUCGGCUAUUGGAUUGCCGUCACGGGCAUUGUCACAUCCGCCAUUAUUCUGGCUCCCCACAGCUCUAUCGCCGCCCAUUUCGGAGCCUACUACUGGGCGGGCUCGGUAUACGCAUGUCAAGCCACGUUCUUUGCGUGGGCCAACGAUGCCUGCCGAUAUGAGGAGGACUCCCUGCGGGCCAUUGUCCUUGCAUGCAUGAACCUUGGCAACAACGCAGUCAAUGCAUGGUGGUCCAUUGUGUUCUACUCGGCAGAUUUGGCUCCUAAAUUCACGAGAGGUAUGUGGGCCAUGAUUGGCAUGAGUAUCGCCCUGGGGAUAUGGACAAUUGCCCUGCAAUUCAUGGAGAGGCGGAAUGGCAAACAGAGCAUCGUGGCUACCGAAGAUGUUCUGUCUGAGAAUGUAGAGAAGCAGACGGUGAGCGACAAGGUCCACGUCAAAGACCUGCUCGACCGGUGGUCAGCGCUUCGGAAGGAAGAGGCUUCAUCCAGCCCCCCACGGCCUGAAGAUUCAUUGUGGGAGAGACCGCCCUUGGCCCAGAGGCUCAACUUUGAUGCGCACUUCCCGGCGCCGGCAUCCGGUACUGGUGAUGAUGGCUUUCUGUUCUUCGGAGCGUCGUCCGCACCCGUUCUUUCUGCUGAACUCCUAGCAGCCGUCUGUCCACAGUCCCCCUUGCUACUACAACAGCCCGGAACCCGGCAAGGAGGAUCCAACGGACCGAGAACGAGAACCACCCACGCCGACUUCGACUUGGACUUCGAGACGGAGCCGCCCAGUAUCACCCCAACCAAGGCGCUCAUCCACCGCUUGGUCGAUAUCUACUGUACGUCGAGUAUGGUUUUCUGGCCCUUUCACCUUGAAUGCAUAGACAAUGGCGGCAUCGACAUCUUGCUCGAAUCUACGCAGGAACAAGUCUUCAGCUCCCAGCCGUAUACCCGGAGUGAAGCACAUUCCAAUUUCCAGAUUGCCAUGAUAUGCUGCAUUGCCUGUGCCCACAGCUCUCGGCUCAAUGUGAUGAUGAGAGCCUACGAACAAUUCUUCUACAACUUUGCCUCUAAACUGAUCAAGGAGGUCCUCUCCGAAGCCAGCCAUGACUCGCUAAGGAGCCUGCUGCUGGUCAUUGUCUACCUGCUGUUCCGCCCCCAAAAAGGAGAUUUGUGGUUACAGCUGCAGUCGGCUUGCCGGUUAGCCAUUGAGCUGGGCUAUCAUAGGGAAGAUGCCCCCUUUUUUGAGACUCCAGAUCAAGAAGCCCGAAGGAGUCGCACUUUCUGGACAUUAUACCGCCUGGAGCACAUCAUCGCGGAGAAAUAUGGCCGACCUUCUGAUGACUUGGAGUCCAUCAGCACGAUUGGACUCCCAGAUCUCAGCACGACUGACUCGGUCUCCCCAAUGCAAACGGAUUUCCCGUCUUCGACCAACCUGGCCUCGUCGCUGGCCGCGUUGAGCCGCAUUCGCUCUUAUAUCUUCAAGACCAUCUAUCUUCCGGCCCGCGCUGCGCCGCUCACCAUCGAUGAUCCCUACUAUCGAGUGCAGCUGCACGAGAUCGAGCAAUGGCGCCAGGAUGCCACGACAGGAGCCAUCGACCCGGUCAGCAGCCUGGCCUGCACGAUUGCCUACCAUGCAUCUGUCAUCUUUCUUUUCCAGAACUCUCUGCUCCAUAUGCUGUCUAAGCUGACAGACCCUGACAAUCUCAGCCAGGGGAUAGUCGGCCCCAUGGCUGUUCAGAGCUUCAGAUCCGCGGUUGAACUCAUAGAUUGCUAUGAGUCUUUGAUUCUUUCGGACAAAUCUAGGUCCCUAUCGAACUUCCCGGUGACGUUCAUCUCAGCACAGGAGAUUUAUGCGGCAGCUUUGACAUUUCUCGCAUGUUGCUUCUGUUUUCUUGAUGGGCGUGUGAAGCAGGAAGACCUCGGACCCGGGGAAGGCCACUCCCUGGUGCAGCAACCUUGGCGACCUCUCGAUCUCAAUCUGUUGAAGGGAGAGGGGCGACGUCUGCACCAUGUUUCAGCUUCGUGCCUCUCUCUGCUCACUUGGUGCGCAAUGCAGUGGCCAGGAAUGGACGGAAUGGUUGAGAUCUACAAAGAAAUCUCUGUGGAGAUCUUUCAGAAAAUAGCCGCAAAGGGCUUUGUAUGA